AUGAUCAACAGGGCCAAGAGGCGUGGCUUGGCAAAUCUACGACCAGUUGUUAUUGCCCCCUUGCUGGAUGCAAACCUUACCCAUGUGGAUGGGGAGAUCCUGGACGAUCUCCAAGACAAGUUUGAGAUUGUGGCCCACCCGGACAAUAUCGACGUACAGCGCCACCCCGACAACGUAGCAUGGUUCUUGACCAUCGACGGGGACAAAACCUUCACUUACGGCAAGGAUGGUUCUUCCAGUGGUGAAGAUGAGGACGAUGAAGAUGAGGAAGGUCAUGAAGAUGAGAACGGUGAGGAUGAUGAUGACAGUGAGGACGACGAAAAUAGUGAGGAGUAA